GGUUUUUCGAGAUUUUUUGCAUUUUAUGAUACUCUAAUUGAAAAAAUAAGGACAUAUUCGGAAUCAGCGUAAAAAACUGAUUCGGCUGAGGGCCUUUUUAGAUUUUAAGAAUUACUCUAUAGCAGUAAACGAGAACAAAAAAGAAGUGCAGCGCGGUACCAAACUAGCACUACCAUUUAAUUUACGAUUGAAUCCAAACAUAUCUACAAUAAAACGAAAUGACCUCGAAUAAAAAAGACAAAAUGAGUUUGAAAUCGAAAAAUCAAUAUUUAUUUGUAGGCAGAAGAGCAAGAGCGAUAUUAAGCUUAGAGAGAUGCUUGGUCGAAUACUGCUUUCCGAACAUGUCUUUAGUUCUAACUCGUUAAAAAAGUUGGGGAAAUAUCAAGGGGGUAAAAGCAACACUUCGCCACUUCACUUCACUGCUGAAACGGCGCCCCCGAUGGGGGGAAGCAAGGGGGAGAAAGUACCAUUUCAUCACUUGCGCUUAACUUGUUUCGACCGUUUCAGCAGCGUUUUACCUAGGUGAAGUGAAGUGAAAUGAAGUGGUGCUUUUACCCUGUUGGGAAAUAUGCCCGCAGUGACUUGACCUUAAAACUGAAAUACUUUAGUUUUAUUCUCAUAACCUUGAAUGCCGAAAUUUUUCUUUCUUUUCUUUUAUCAUGUUAGAAAUGUUUUAUUUUUGACUUUACGUGCAUUAAAUAUACAAGCACAGUAGUAAACAAAAAUAUAUGCGUUCUCUUUUUAUUACUCAUGUGAUGAUAUGGUUAUGUCAUUAUUAUUUUCACGUUCUACGCAAAAGAACAAACACGAAGGAUGAUUAGAAAAACAAGAGUAAAAUCUGUACAUUACCAACUUUUACGGGCUCACUUACACCAAAUCGAGCAGCAUUGGACACACCAGACUAAAAAAUGACAUUAAAUAAUAGUAAUAUAAUAAUCCGUUCAUUUCAACCAGAUGAUAUUUUGCAAUGUCGAAAUAUCAUAUUGAGUGUAUUUCGUGGUUAUGGUCAUACAGAUGAUUAUGCGCAGAAUGCCAUUGCUACCGAUAUGGAUGAUAUUAAAAAGAAUUAUUUAGAUGUGAAGGGUGGACAUUGGUGGGUGGCUUUAGUUGAUGACCAAAUAGCUGGACAAGUAGGUGUUCAACCACUAGCUCUGGGGGAUCCAGAAUGUUAUCAGGAAGAGUCGGUCACUCCUCAUUACUCACAUAUUCAUGCUGAUCAGAUAUGUGAAUUGCGUCGAUUGGGCGUUCUGUCGAAAUAUCAGAAGCAGCGUAUUGGUUUUAAACUGUUGCAGACACUAAUUGGAUUUGCACAAUUAAACGAAUAUAAAGCGAUUCAUUUGACAACAUUAGCACAGAUGAGGUCAGCUUGUAAUUUCUAUGAAAGAUGUGGAUUCAUUAGUGGAAAAGUGGAACAACAUGAUAUAAGUCUCAUUGAGCAAAACAAAAUCAUAUCUGUGAAAUUCGCAACUUUUGAAGAACCAUCAUUAUUGACCAACGAUGAUCAUCGUUUGAUUCAGUUACCAAUACAAGAGACACAUAAACUAUAUGUGCAGCACUAUUGGAUGCUGAUUUGA